AUGCAGGUUACCAACGAGAAACAAAAACCACCCUGGAAGAUCCCCUCACGGUCACUGAUCCUCUUUUGCCCCCCCAUCCAACUUUCUAAAGAUAUUCUUCUCCUUUUCCCUUUCUUAGAACCCAAACCCAACAACUCCUCCAACUCUUCCUCUUCCACCGUUUCCUCCCGGAUUCUUUCCUCUUCUUUCUCCUUCUCUCCAUACCCGACGGGUUUGCAUCACUCUCCAUCUCCGCGAAAAAGAUUUGGGUCCCUGGUCGGACUACUGACUUGCGAUCUUCUUUCUUAUCGACGCGUUCCCUUUUCCUCUCCCUCGUCCUACUCCAGCUGCAGAUUAGCUAGAACUUCCUUCCUAUUCUGUAUCAUCUUUUCGGAUCUGAGGGAACCCAAAAGUCUCUAUUUUAUUUUAUUUUCUCUUGCCUCAUUCAUUCCCUCCCUCUUCUUGUCUGCUGCCUGUUCCUCCUCUGUUGCGGUCCCUCCGUUCCCGGGAGCUGCAUGUGAGUGA